ACAGUCUACAUCACGUGAUUUGUACUAAGGAGUGAUCGAUUGCUGAAAACAGAAAAAGUUGAGAAAUCUUUUCCAAAGGGUGAAUAAUGGCUGAUAAACCUAGAGGCAGGGGUAGGGGCAGAGGCAGAGCUAGUACACCUCCAAAACCUCCCAAUGAAGAGACGGUUGCAAUGCUGGCAGCAAUGAGUGUUUCCGAACCUCAAACCCUAGACCAGACAUCGGAACAAUUUGCCGACACUGCAUCAGAACAACCUCUUCCCACAGUCGUACAUUUCCAUGACAACCCAAGCUCCCUUACAACUAUUGGUGAAGAUAAGAACCCACCCUUGGUCAAAGACCUUAAAGAUGCAUUGCAACGGGGAGUGACAGUUGGCGGCACUUCAAAGUUCAAUCCUCGCUCUCCAGAAUUUUCUCCAUUAUCGUUUCAAUUUGACACCAAGGCUCCCUGUCCGCUCUCAAAUGGUCCAUCAAGUGAUCCCUUUUCUUCCCAAACUGGCACCAAUGUACCUCAGCUGCCGGUCAGGACCAAAAUGCAAUUCCCUUUUCACAUGCCUGGACUAAAUGCUGGUGCCCCGGAAUUUGUUCCUGGUUUUUCAACGCAAGCAAACUUUGCGAACGGCCUUGACCCAAUUCCUAUUGAGCAGCCUCUAGGAGAAAUGCUUGGUGCAGACGAUAUACUUAGUGGUUUCGUGGCUGUUAAGGAAGUUAGAGAUCUUGCAAAACAGCCUAUAAUGAAAGCUGCAGCUGAAAUGCUUGUGAAAGGAACUUUGUAUGUUGGCUCUUUCGAUAGAUUCAAGGUCAAGAUUCUAACCACACUCAGUACUUUCACUCCUUCUAUGGCUGUUUUUGAGAAUUUGGCGGAAAUGCUCAUUCAGUGGGGAGUUGUAGAACCAUACUUUCGUUGCACUUCUUGUAAAAUGUGUGAGGUGAUUUGGGAUGACGACAACAGCAGUGAUUUUCGCAAGUGCCUGUUAGGAAGGGUGAAGGCUUGGUACAGCAAAGAAUCAGAUGAAGAUCAGUAUCGCAUUAUCAACUUUUCCCUGUUUGUUGCUGAGCUUUUCAGUCGAAUUAAGCUUAGAGAACAACCUGUUGAGAUCGUUGCUGGAAGUAUAUUUGAUUUGGUGAACAAAUUGUUGGCCCUGAAAUCCAACGACACAAUAAUUGGAGCGUGUAACAUCUUGAAGCUAACUGGAGUACUAUUAGAGAAAUGCGAUGCUGUUAAUGAUGAAAAGAGAAUGGACAAAGUUAUCGAUCUCUUAAAAGACCUUAUCACAGAACCAUCCCUAAGCAGAUCUUGUACUGAACUGCUAGCUCGUGUGAUAGAACAGCGUGCUCGAAAGUGGGCUUACAAUGGGGAUAUGUCUAAACUCACUUCACCUUCACUGCAACUGGUCCCUACAAAAGAGGACAAAGGAAGGCUCAAUGCCGAUGCUACUCCGUUUAUUCCAUCAAUUUUCCAGUUGCAACAACCGGUUACAAAUGUUGAGGAGUGGACGGACUUUGAGACAGAGUACGACUCAGAGCCAUUCGAAGGAGUGUCAGUUGACUACGAUUAUCCUGAUGGAGAUGAUGGACUAGAUCCUGAUAUUGAGUUAGAGAUGGAAGCUUUUAUUGAAGAAAUUGAAGAGCACCUUCUUAUGCAAGACUUUGAUCCUGACUUAUAGCGUAUUAACAAAUACUAAUCAAAACAUUGUUCCACUUCAUGCCCUUCGUAUGUUUAAUACUGUACGCUGUAAUGCUACACCAUUUAUAAUUACUAUUUGCUCACACAAAGAAAAUGAUAUCUUACACAGGAAUUCAUGCACUCCUGCUUAUAAUUAUCUUUGAUAUGGAAACUGUAAGCAAUAUCUCGUGGAUUAAUUGCAUAUGGCCGCGCAUGCGCAGAGAAUCGACCUUUUACAACACGUGUUACGUUUUUUUUGUGAAUUAGUGUUUGUUCAACUCUGCUAAGGCCUUGAAGGCGACUUACACUGCUCACAAUUUAUAUCUACCAGUAUUUCAAUAUGUCUGAGUCUGAAUUAGCCUGUGUGUACAGUGCCCUUAUCCUCCAAGAUGCUGAUAUCAACAUCACUG